AUGCCUUCCUCUUUCUUGUCCCCUUUCCUCUCCUGCCCGUAUCCACCCAUACCAAGGGCUUCUUGGUGGCCGCCGGAGCCGGCUCGGCGUGCUGCCGACGACGUCAUAACGGGGCUGCAGAAGGGCACUGUGGCUGCUUCUUUCCCUCGCGAGCACAAAGCCCUCGGUAUCCUUCUAGGCCCGUUCCGGCCAAGGAGGGGGCGUGCGCGGAUGACAGCCCCCGGGACAAGGCUGGCCGACUCAACCGAAUCUCGCGCUCCGCUGACGAAGUUGGACGGCGUAUCUGUCGUCACGUCAUUCGCCGGUACAGAAGCAGAAGCAGAAGAAGCAGCAAUUUGGAAAGGUGGCCCGUGCCUCCUGGAUAUCGGCACCGCUGUGCAUGUCCAAAACAGCCCGCACGGCAAAUGCGUCCCGAAUGCUGCUUCACAUGUUCGGAUAUGGAGCACGGCGACCGUCUGGGUGGCACGAGGCAAGGGCCAGAGUCCCUAUGCGGCCUCGGCCACAGCUACUGCAACGGGAUGGCUGCGCGGCUCCCCAGGCGAUGAAUGA